AUGAAGUCUAGUAAGCUGUUGGUCCAGGACGCUAAGGAUUACCGCUUCAAUCCGUCCAUACCGCUGAGGAUAUAUUUGAAAACAUGCAUCGGCAUCUUGGAAAAGGCGCAGUGUGCGUUCCAGACCGGUGAUCUGUCGCUGGCGUUUAUUUAUUACUUUAGAUACGUGGAUUUAUUGACUAAUAAGCUGUCUAAGCACCCUGAAUUGUCCAUGAUGGACCCGUCGUCUAUUUAUAAAAGAGAAUACUUGCAGCUGAUAAAACUUGAGGUACCCGCGGUCUGCAAAAUAAUUGAAGGUCUGCGCAAGGAAAUCGACUCUCAGUAUAGCAAGCUGCAGACUUCAUUGGCCAAUAAUAUAGCUAAACCAAACACGAACACAAACACAAUGCCCGCACAACUGCAGCAACAGUCGCUGCCGAAGGAGUCGUUCAACGAAUACAGAUUCAACCAGUCAAUCUCCUUCUUCCAGAAAAUAUCAAAUUCGCAACUAAACGCCACAACCAACUCACCGAGUCAGGAUACCGCCCGUGACGAAGCCUACAGACUGAAUUACCCAGAACUACCACGGUUCACGUUUUCUACAUAG